AUGGCCGAAGCCGCCGGGCUUGCCGCUACUUGCGCUGGUCUGCUAGGAGCGUUGUCAGGGCUCAUAAAAUUUUCAAAGAAGAUCCAUGACGCGCCAAAAGAUUGGGGGCGGUACUGCGCAUUGUUAGACAACUUGUGCCAGCUGUGCAGUACAAUUCGAGCUCUCACAAACAACAUGGACGGGCUCAGCAAGGUCAUCGUCACUCACAACGGCCGCGACUAUGGACUUAUCGAGUUCUGCGUGAACAAUGCCAAAACCGCACUAGGGGACGCAACCAUGCUGCUGAGCGAGUUCGAACAAUUGAAGGGUAACGUGAAACCCCUCGAUCGCGUGAAAGCAUGGCUCCGGAACAAAAGCAAGCAGCUCCUUUGGGUUCUCCAAGAACAGGACAUUCAAGGCUGCAUUCAGCGUGUUGAGACAGCCAUGGUUGGGCUCAGCAUCGCCAUCCACGCUGCUUCGCUAGUCAGGACAAGUCAUGGGGAAAAGCUGACUCGAUUGGCCAUCCUUAGCUACAAUGAAAACAAGAAGGCAAUUGACGAUUUGACUAAGCAGCUGGCCGAAAACUUCGAGAAAUUGGAGAAAUGCCACGAAAAGAGUCUCGGCAAGCAGGAACGCAGGACCAUCCACCUUAUCGUUAGACCAUUGCCCCGCCGUUAUCAACUCUCGCGCACAAUUUCGUCGGUUCCCGGCAAGCGCACCAGGCGAUCUCAGACUGUCCAGGCCUCAGCCACCGAAGCCUCACCUCAUCUUGCGGUGGCUCACGACCAGUCGCAAAUUGACGACGUACUGUCAGAUUUGGAGCAGGACCAUAUGGUUGCUGGCGCAGCAUCCCGGGACCCAUCUGGCGACCAACUAGGGUACGCACCUGUGAUGAGUCUUGACACUCUUUCGCAUAACUCUCCGUUCCUGGACGUGGGUUGUGAGCUUCCAUCGCUCACCGACCAAGCGGAUGAUAUUGAAAUCACGUGCGAAGAUGGCAGCAUCGCUUUCAUCCCUGCCGGAACGGACCAUAGCUAUGGUGAUGAGGGCAUGAAGACCCAGAUGGCACUCGUCAAGACGACGGACAAGCUGCCGAUCACUCGCACUCCAGAGGAUGCGAAUAUCCCUCUCUCAGAUGCCGAAGAACUCCUGGAAUUCCUGAUCAAAGACACGCCCGCAGAUGAAGUGCCCACUCCAGUUGGAACAGCCUCAGCGAAAUCAGUCAACAUAAUCUCCCUUUUCCAUCUCGAGUUUGCGUCGAACAACAGCGAGGAUGAUGCAGACAGUGCGAAGUCCGAUCCAUCGAUUAUUCGAUUCCUCUGCGUCGAGAGAUUGGUGCUUCUGCAUGAAAAUGGCGCCUUCGAGUUUGUUGCGCGGAUACCAUGCCAUGAAUUCCCGUGGUGCGAUCACGUCAACAUUGAGCUCCUGGGUCGCGGCAUGACUGCAAACGAGCUUUAUGACUCGGAUGUGGGAAUAGUCAUACUAGCCCCACACGGUGAUGAUCGCGACCCACGAGUUGUCCAGCCAUUCAAAGGGUUUGAUACCCUUGUGUACGAGAAAUGUACCGGGGCUUGCGGCCACACUCAAGUGGAACUUGAAGAAGUUGGAGAUGCGGAGCAAGAUGCAGUCGUGCAUUGCAUGGGCCCCCUUCACAUAUUGGCAUUGGUUGGAUCCAUGCUGAAGGACUCCGAGAAUGAAGAGACUUCAGAUGACGAGAAACACUCCAGUGAUGGAAGCUCCGACGACAGUGACGACAAAGCUGGUGUCCAUGGGAUGGGUCCCUUCCGCUCGGUGCCCUGCUUGUUCUGUCGCAAGACGGCCUUGAAUCCCAAAUUGGUAGGGGAGAGAACAUCGGAGUCAGUCGUCCGCUAUGGCACCCAUUCCUAUGGCUACAGGUGUGCUCGAUGUCAAAGGAUAAGUUGGAUUACGGGAGCCCAGCCUGUCGGUGUUGAGGAAGCGGCGACUAGGGAUGAUUCGGAGGGAGAGCUUACGGCCGCAACUAGGGCUGCUGGAAUGGUAGUCGCGGAUGGACUGCCACUUUUGGCGAGAUUCUUCGGUUUCUGA